GGAAGAAGAAGAAGAAGAAGAAACUACGGAAGUACGGCUUCCAAACAGAUUCCCGUUGGAAGUGUAAAACAGAGCAGAUCGCCUUUUUUCCAUUAAAACCAAUCAAAUAUCGGACUAACCAUUUCUCAAUAAGACGAUGGGCACUAGAGAUGACGAGUAUGACUAUUUGUUCAAAGUGGUCCUUAUCGGUGACUCGGGCGUGGGAAAGAGUAACCUGCUGUCCCGUUUCACCCGCAAUGAGUUCAACCUGGAGAGCAAGAGCACCAUCGGAGUGGAGUUUGCCACCCGCAGCAUCCAGGUGGACGGCAAGACGGUGAAGGCCCAGAUCUGGGACACAGCCGGCCAGGAGCGCUACCGUGCCAUCACGUCAGCGUACUACCGCGGGGCGGUGGGGGCUCUCCUGGUCUAUGACAUCGCCAAACAUCUAACUUAUGAAAACGUGGAGCGCUGGCUGAAGGAGCUGAGAGAUCACGCUGACAGCAACAUCGUCAUCAUGCUGGUGGGCAACAAGAGCGACCUGCGUCACCUCCGGGCCGUUCCCACCGACGAGGCCCGGGCUUUUGCUGAGAAGAAUGGUUUAUCUUUUCUGGAGACGUCGGCCCUGGACUCCACCAACGUUGAGACCGCCUUCCAGACCAUUCUGACAGAGAUCUACCGUAUCGUCUCCCAGAAGCAGAUGUCGGAGCGUCAGGAGAGCGACAUGUCCCCCAGCAACAACGUGGUCAACAUCCAGGUGCAGCCCACUGAGAACAAACCAAAGAUGCAGUGCUGUCAGAACAUCUAGCCCGGCCGUGGAUCUGCUGCUACCCCUCCUCCCCCCUCUCUCCCCGUCUCUCCACAGUCCACGCCCCCCCCCCCACCCGACUCCGGGCUGCCCCGGCUCACGACUCCUCGACCCCCACCCUCAGAAAAUAGACUGCCUCUGUGUACCGUGUGGUGUGGGAGGGAAGAGCCACAGCUUCAAGGCUGUGACCCGAACUCUGCACCUACCUGUACCUGCCUCCCCCACCCCAGCCCCACUCUCCCCCCUGCCCUAGGUAAAUAUAUCCCAGUAUAAGAAGAAGUCACCAUGUGGUGUGGCCCCCCAAGCAGAGCCCCUCUGUCUUUAGGUUUCUGCAGGACAGCAGGCAGCAAGCAUUUCAUAUCACUUUAGAUUUCAUUACUGUAGAUGCGCUGACAUGUCACAAAAAUGUCUUAAUAUAUGAAUGUGAUUUGUUUCCUUCUCUCGUCUUCAUACUUUGUGCUCCUGUUGAUUUCUCCACUUUUUUUAUGAUCUUUCUCUGUCUUGUAUCAUAUAUUUACUACUAGGUAUAUAUGAAUUUAAAGCACAUCAAAGUUGCUCUGAAGUAUAUUCCUAUAUCCAAGCUUCUCCUGUCAUUUUAGGCUCCCCCCUCUCCUCUUUAGUGCAAUGUACUGUUUUGGAAACCACGUGGAUGUAUGGAGCACAGUGUAGACGUGUGUGCUCUGGUAGUGUCAUGCCAUUUGAUCUGAUUGCUGUGAAUACGAUGCUAGUGAAACGUAGAAUCUUUUGCAUUUGCCGAGCUUGGGUUUGCGCCGUGGGAAGGCCGGGUGUGAGCCGGCCUGCAGCAUGCAGUGCGCAGCCUCGUAAAUGUUGUCGUCACCGUGUUUUACAGCGGGUGGCAGGUUCGGACCAGCUUUGCAUGUCUUUAAAAGAUGGCACCGUGCUGUGCUGCAUGUUUUUACCAGGUGAAAGACUCAAUCUGGACUCUGUGGAACACUAUUAUUGCCUUGAGGGUGAGUUAUUUUAGGCUGUCACCACGAAAGCUCCUGUACGUUCGGAUGUAGUUAAAGUCUCAGUGUGGCAUCAUACGGAGACGGUCGUGCUUAUGCUGAGAAGGAUGUUGUGGUCGACGACGCGCUAGUCCCAAAGGCUUUCCCGCUCCAACAUUAGGAAAACAGUACGCAUUCUUUUUUGACAUAUUUGACUCCAACUAUGCAGAAACUAGCACAUGGCUGUCUGGAUUUUUUUCUUAGUGCACUUCUAUAGCAUAAUGAAGGAAUUAAAAAUAAGCAAAAGUAUUCUCGUAUGACAUUCCUAUGAUACUCGAUGAUAAUAUAAUCAAAACUCUCCUGUAGUCUAGCAAAUUAUGCCUUGCAUGUAACCACAGAAGUGUAGUUAGGAAGCACUGAGAAAGUAGGAAAUGGAAAAUGUCACUCGCUAUGUUGAAUUUCAUGAGCGUAAAAUUGUCGGAAUCUUGCACUGAAUCGCAACAGUUGAUCUAGUAAACAUGCUUUUUGUCUAGGAUUAGAUUUUUAUUGCACAUGGAGAAUCUGGACCUCUUUUGGCAGACUGGAUGUACCGUUUUUAAGACGGUGCCACUGUUCAGAAACCAAAAUGUAAUGUUGA